AUGUAUCGCCCCAACGUCUGUGUCUUUCUCUUCAAUGAGAAAGUGGAGUUUCUUGGAUGUCAGCGCAUGAGGUCGGAUCAUUUCCAAUGCGUGCAGGGUGGCAUCGAGGCCUGUGAUGUGGACAUCAGACUGGCCGCACUGAGAGAGGUGGAAGAGGAGAUCGGACUGAAGCAGCAGGACCUGACUUUUGUCCAGGAGAUCCCGCCACCGAACGGGGACCCGAUGAACUUUGCCUACACCCUCACCUCCAACGCCAACCUGCGCCGCUUUGGCUACGUUGGUCAGAAGCAACGUAUCCUGCUCUUCUUCACCCCGUCUGACAGCAUAUCGAAAAUGGUGCUCAUCCCUCCUCCGGAGCUGCACGCCUCGCAGGAGUUCCGGAGGGUAGAGUGGAUGCCGAUCGAGCAACUCAUCGCCAAGUCCCUGCCAGAGAAGGUGCACAUUUUCAAGGUCGUUGGAGAAGUGGCACCGGGAAUCGCUCGCGCCUUCUUGAAGAAGAGGGGCCUCCUCGCUGAGCCUCAGGGUGAGUCCAAGUAUUAG